AUGGGUCGUUCGUCCAAAGACAAACGCGACAUUUACUACCGUCUGGCCAAAGAAGAAGGUUGGAGAGCAAGGAGCGCCUUCAAGCUGCUGCAGCUCGACGAGGAGUUUAACCUGUUCGCUGGUGUGAACAGAGCUGUGGAUCUCUGUGCUGCUCCUGGUAGCUGGAGUCAAGUUCUCAGUCGGAAACUCAGAUGUCGUGAGGAGAAGUCUGACAGUGGUGAAGAGGUGAAGAUUGUGGCAGUGGACCUGCAGGCCAUGGCUCCUCUUCCAGGAGUUACUCAGAUUCAAGGAGACAUCACCAAGGUGUCUACAGCGGAAGAGAUCGUACGUCACUUUGAGGGUCGCCCAGCCGACUUGGUAGUGUGUGAUGGCGCUCCUGACGUAACGGGCCUCCAUGAUGUGGAUGAGUACAUCCAGGCUCAGCUGCUACUGGCUGCGUUGAACAUCACUACUCACGUACUUAAACCAGGUGGAACUUUUGUGGCCAAGAUUUUCCGGGGCAAAGAUGUGACGCUGCUGUACUCGCAGCUUAAGAUCUUUUUCAGCGGCGUGACAUGCGCCAAGCCUCGUAGCAGUCGGAACUCCAGCAUUGAAGCUUUUGUGGUGUGUCAAAACUACCAUCCUCCAGAAGGUUACGUGCCCAACAUGUCCAACCCUCUGCUUGAUCACUCCUACGAUGUAGACUUCAACCAGCUAGAAGGCCCGAACCGAAUCAUCGUGCCUUUCCUCGCGUGUGGAGACCUGAGUGCCUUUGACUCCGAUAGGACUUACCCUCUUCAGCUGGAAGCAGGAAAAGAGUACCAGUACACGCCGCCCACCCAGCCACCCAUCAGCCCCCCUUACCAACAGGCCUGUCACCUCCGCAAAAACAACUUGCUCUCCAAAGAGGAAUCUUCCAAUUCCGGACCACAACAGAGCGGAGAACAGACCAAGGCUGACUAA